AUGCCCGCCUCUUAUAAGAAAUACAGAAACAAAUGCAGGAAAGGGUUCCAUCAUAAACUCUGCACAUCAUCUCGACGAGAGGUGAUCCAGCUAGGACUACAUUUCCCAGAAUCCCUCAGAGAUCUAGUUUUCCAGAAUCCCUUUGGGUCGAAACCUCCCCAAACGGAAGCGGCGCCGCAGGUGCUGUUAGUCAGACUUCUGUUGGACUCUCAGCCAGCUUCGUCCUGGAACACAGAAGAAGAAAUGGUUCCUGUGUUCCUGGCAUCCAGAUCUCAGGAAUCAGUUACAUUCAAGGAUGUGACUGUGAACUUUACCCAGGAAGAGUGGGAGCAAUUGAACCCUGCACAGAGGGAAUUGUACAGAGAUGUGAUGUUGGAGAACUAUAGAAACCUCAUCUCUCUGGGACUCCCCAUUUCUAAACCUGAUGUGAUUUUUCAAUUGGAACAAGGACAAGAGCCUUGGAUGCUUGAUGUGCAAGGAACUGAAAGGCAAGCGGUCCCAAGAAGUACCUCUUUGAACUGGGAUAGUAACUCAAAGACCUAUAGAGCAAUUCCAAAGCAGACCAUUUCAGAAGAAAUAAAAGCGCCAGAGAUAUUAAUGGAAAGAGCCACAAAAGAAGUUACUGUACCUGAGGUUAGAGUGGAGAAGAAAAAGGAAAACUCUGAGGGGAAGAUAUUGGAAAAAUCUCUUUCCCAGGAGAGAGGUUUCAAGAACAUUUCGGUCAAUAUCUCCAAAAAUUCCAAUAAGGAGAAAAGCUCUGACUGUAAUGUAUGUGGGAAAACCUUCAGACAUAUAAGUAGUCUUCGGAGACAUCAGAUUACUCACACAGGAGAAAGACCCUAUGAAUGCAGUGAAUGUGGGAAAGCUUUCUUUGACUGUUCAUCCCUUACUAUACAUAAAAGAAUUCAUACUGGAGAGAAGCCCUAUGAAUGUGAUGAAUGUGGGAAAGCCUUUUUUGACCGUUCACAUCUUAAUCGACAUCAGAGAAUUCAUACUGGGGAAAAGCACUAUGAAUGUGAUCAGUGUGGGAAAGCUUUCUUUGACCGGUCAUCUCUUACUCAACAUCAGAAAAUUCAUAGUAAAGAGAAGCCGUAUGAAUGCAAUGAAUGUGGGAAAACUUUCAUCCAAAAAAGGGACCUUAAACGACAUCAGAUGACUCAUACUGGGGAGAAACCUUAUGAAUGUGGUGUAUGUGGAAAAAUUUUUAGUCACAAAUCAUCUGUAAUUCAACAUCAGCGACGUUAUGCGAAAAAAUAACCCUAGGAAUAUCAUGAAUUUUGGGAAACUAUCAGCCAAACUUGUCACUUUAUUAAAUGCUCAAGAAUCUACGCAUGUUGAGAGACCACAUGAAAACUUUUACUUUAUCUCCCUUAUUUUAAAUAAACCUAUUGUUCAAACUUA